UGCAGGACCUUAGCAACCCCCACAGGGAAAACAAGAAGGCUAAGCCAGGAUCAGUGGUCAGACUUCAGAAAGCAGGAAGCCGGUAUCCAGGAAGGGAGCUAACCAUAAACCACCAGUGAAAUAUUCCACUCAUUUCUUUUGAAGAGUAACUGCAGAUUGGAAACCAUGAGUAACAUUAAAAUUUAUUAUGCCAGCGUGUCAGGAUCUAGGGAGGUAAAACAAAGGCAAGAUGAGGUUAUGAGGAUUUUGGAUUCUUAUAAAGUUAAGUAUGAGCUAAUAGACAUUGCUGUCAGCUCCCAAAUAUUAGAAGAAAUGAGAACUAAAGUUGCCUGUCCUAGUGCUGCACCGCCUCAGAUAUUCAAUGGCCAAGAAUAUUGUGGAGAUUUUAUAACUUUCCACGAUGCCAAAGAGAACAAGGAAGUUCUAAAGUUCCUGAAGAUGGAGAAAAUGUAGACAUGAUAAAUGAUAAACUCAUCAUUUACUCUUAUCAAAUAACUGCUCCAUUAAAGUUAUCACCAAAACUAA